AUGUCAUCAAUCACUUCCAUCACGUGCUCGUAAGAAGAGACCUCGUUCCCAGAGUCCUCUCUCUGGGCCCUGGUAACGAGGUUGCCAAAAUGGCGCUCAUCAGAGGUGCUUCUCUGAAGCAAGUAGCGAGGGUGACUGUCUCGUUCUGUCCUUUCGACCCUAACACAUCAACAGCAAGGGACUUUCUUCUGAGAGUUUCGUGCAGAAGGAUGAUCGACUCUAACCCUAAGUGCCAAGUCAUAUCAAAUUUCAAGAAUGAUAGAUCAGAGCCAGUUGUUGAAGUUGUUUUCAAUGACAAAGAUACUCUCACAUUGAAAACAAGUAGUCUCAGACUAAUGGACAUGAUAACAAUUUUUAACAAGAAAUGCAGAGAAAAGGAAGCCAGUGGUUGAAUCACCUUUCAUGUUGACAAGGUCUAUGAUUUAUCAUUUCUGUAUGUGACAAUAAAGGAGAUAUGCGAUGGGAAAGAAUGGCUCUACAACCACAUCAAGUUUGCCAUGGAUGGACAUGUCUUUGCUGAAUCUUGGACUUUUUUGCAGACAGAAGAAAAGAGUUUGUGAACUAAAGCUGUGUGAA